CGCACAGCUCACCGCAGCUGUUCCGACGCUAAAACAAACCGAUAUAAACACGGUUGUUUCGCUCUUCACGCACGUUUAAGCCACUCUCACACUUCUCGCGAGAGUUGUAUAGCGGAAGUUUAUAAGCAAAUCAUGUGACUUGAUGUAGCUGGCAGUGUGAACAGCUAUGCCCAAAUAGUCGGAGCUCUGACAGGAAGGUUCAGGUCCCAGAGGAUUCUCCGAUAUGCAGAACGUGAUCAACACGGUGAAGGGCACGGCCCUCGGGGUGGCCGAGCUGUUCACCCCGGUGUUAAAGGAAUCGAAAUUCAAGGAGACGGGAGUCCUCACACCGGAGGAGUUUGUAGCAGCUGGAGAUCACCUGGUUCAUCACUGCCCCACAUGGAAAUGCGCAGUGCCCUGUUACAAGCGCUGUAAGCAGAUGGAGUAUUCAGAUGAGCUGGAAGCCAUCAUCGAGGAGGACGAUGGAGACGGGGGCUGGGUGGACACCUACCACAACGCAGGUGUGUCAGGAGUCACGGAUGCUGUGCAGGAAAUCUCACUGGACAACAACAAGGAUAAGAAUAUGAAUGCCACGUCUGCAGCAUGCUGCGACGAUGAGGAUGAUGAAGACGGGGAAGCGGCAGAUAUGGAAGAAUAUGAAGAAAGCGGGCUGUUGGAAACGGACGAGGCAACCCUGGACACCAGCAAAAUAGCAGAAACGAAAACCAAAGCAGAACCCGGG